AAGCACAGGCAGGCAAACAUCGUGUGCACCAGUUGCAUUGAGGCUUAAUCACAAGGCUCCCGCCCUCCAUUCCCGUUCACUGAACCUGCAGACUUCCGUCUACGAUGUUGACGACUCCUGAGGAACAAGGGGAAAGCACAUAAAAGGGCGCGCGCGGACAGCUGCUGCAACGCUCUGACCACAACCCUGCUAUCACAUCCGCUGUUGACCAGUCAAUGUUACUUUGCAGUCUGCUUCUAUUCGCAGCGACUUGCUUCCAAGAAGUAUAUGCCACUUAUGACCGCAAGUUUCCUGCUGGAUUCAAGCUCGGUCCAACUCAAGUGGGAGUUCACAUCAAACAGGUCGAGUUUUCAAUGGAACUUAAUCCUCCACCAAUGAUGAAUGAAGAGCCGGGAGGUGUUUUCCUUCGGUUGGGACUUUCCAGGGACUCAGAUGGCAAGGAGGACUUUCCUGACUUGAUACAAUCCGCAGCGGCUCACGAGACAAAACAAGCUGUCUGCGGGGGGCAGAAAACCGAUUGGUGUCUUGCAGCAGUUGAGUAUCAUAGCCAAUCUGCCUGGGAGCAAAUUGUGGGAGAAACCGUGGCUUGGCCCGGCGGAACGUUGAAGAUCGAAUACUAUGAAGAUUUCAAGGCCUGGACAUGGAACCAAACGAUAACGGACCCCCGGACCGAUAAAAUGCUGUCGCACCUAGCAACUCCACUUCAUCCCCGCAACAUGGCCAUGCGAAGCAUCGAGACAGCUGUGGCAAUGCUGGACUGCGCUAACCCAGUGGUAAAUGCGCACAGCUAUCAUGAUAUCAAAAUCACACUGUCUAGCCCUGACCCCGAAUUUGCAAGGACAGGACGAGGAUAUAAUUGCACUUUUGAUGUGCCCGUCACUACCGACAAUGGUCGCACUUGGCUUGUCAGGUCAAUCAAUAUGAAAGAGGUGGGUAACGGUCAUCCUACCUGCUAGUAAGCAGCUUUCACACGCCCACUUCAAAUUUCUUCAAGGUCCCUUUCUCUUCGCAAAUACAAGAGGAAGGAAUUUCAGACCUAACUUUCUGCAAUUGCCACUCUCCAAGACUUACUCGACUUACUCCAAAAACCUUCUUUUUCGUUAUCUCGGGCGAGGCGAUACUUCAGUUUUGCUUUUCAUUGCUAUUAGGACAGUGUACGUGACAGCAUAUUUCAUCAGCCAUAUUUCUUCCCACCGUUGGAUCUGAUUCCUAUAUUCUCUAAAUUCGAUAGCUCCAGAUAGUGCGCUUGCAGGGGGUUUCAUAAGCGAUGUGAUAUUUUCAACCCACGUCUAGCAAAUACUAUUAUUAUUUUACUGCUCCAAGCUGAAUCAGGAGAGCCUGCUAAUUCUUCCUGCCACGAUUUCUAGAUAUCGUUUUGAUAGCUUAAAACUUUGAUAGAUAUGCAUCAA